GUGAUAAUUUUCUUUAUUUUGUUGCAAUAUUCAUCAUCAUCAUCAUAUCUAAAUUCUUCUUUAAAGCGAUAAAUUGAUUGAUUGAUUAAUUUGAAAAAAUGUCAUCAGUUAAAGUAGCCGUACGUGUACGGCCAUUUAAUAAACGUGAAAUUGGUUAUGGUUGUAAGAAUAUUAUUUCAAUGACGGAUAAAACAACAAUAAUAAUAAAUCCAAAAAUUGAAAAUCAAUCAAAAACAUUUACCUUUGAUUAUUCAUAUUGGUCACAUGAACCAAAUGAUCCAAAUUUUAUUGAUCAAUGGAAAGUAUAUCAAGAUAUUGGUAUUGAAAUGUUAAAACAUUCAUUUGAAGGUUAUAAUGUUUGUAUAUUUGCAUAUGGACAAACUGGUGCUGGUAAAUCAUAUACAAUGAUGGGUGCACGUGAUGAUGAUGGUAUUAUACCAAAUUUAUGUCGUGAUCUAUUUGAUCGUAUUGUUAGCCAUUCGGAUGAUACAAAUUCAAAUAAUGAAGAUGAUACAAUGUAUUCAGUUGAAGUAUCAUAUAUGGAAAUAUAUUGUGAACGUGUACGUGAUUUAUUAAAUCCAAAAAUUAAAGGACCAUUACGUGUACGUGAACAUCCAGUUUUAGGACCAUAUGUUGAAGAUUUAAGUAAAUUAGCUGUUACAUCAUAUGAAGAUAUACAUGAAAUUAUUGAUGAAGGUAAUAAAGCACGUACAGUAGCAGCAACAAAUAUGAAUGAAACAUCAUCAAGAUCACAUGCUGUAUUUACAAUUAUUUUGACACAAAUGAAACAAGAUCAUCUUACCGGUUUAUCAUCGGAAAAAGUAUCAAAAAUUUCUUUGGUUGAUUUAGCUGGAUCGGAACGUGCUGAUUCAACCGGUGCACAAGGUACACGAUUAAAAGAAGGUGCCAAUAUUAAUAAAUCAUUAACAACAUUGGGUAAAGUUAUAUCAGCAUUAGCUGAAUUGUCAUCACAGGAUCCAGCGAAAAAAAAGAAAUCAAAAAAAUCUGAUUUUAUACCAUAUCGUGAUUCAGUACUUACAUGGUUGUUAAGAGAAAAUCUUGGUGGAAAUUCCAAAACAGCAAUGAUUGCUGCUAUAUCACCGGCCGAUAUUAAUUAUGAAGAAACAUUAUCAACAUUAAGAUAUGCUGAUCGAGCAAAACAGAUUAUGUGUACUGCAAUUAUCAAUGAAGAUGCAAAUGCAAAAUUAAUACGUGAACUACGUGAUGAAAUUGCCCGUUUAAAAACAAUAUUAUUGGCUGAAGGUAUUCAAUUGGAACAAUCAAAUAAAUUGAAUUCAAUGAUGAUUAUCAAUGAUAAUAAUGAUCGUCAACAACAACAACAACAAAAUCAACAACAACCACAACAACAACAACAACAACAACAGGAUCAACAACAAAAUCUAACGGCUAAUAUUGAUGAAUCUGAUCAAGCUAAUAAUAAUAAUAUUUUUGAUAAUUCUAUAAUAGAUAUUCAACAACAACAACAACAACAACAAGAUCAUCAAAAUGAUAAUCAUCAUCCAAAAUUAAAACAAAGUUCAAUAUCGAUAACAGGUGAAAAUGUAAUCAUUGAACAAUUACAUGAAACAGAAAAAUUAAUGUCCGAAUUGAAUGCAACAUGGGAAGAAAAAUUGAAAAGAACUGAAGAAAUUCGUGCACAACGUGAAGCUGUUUUAGCUGAAAUGGGUGUUGCUAGACGUGCCGAUGGUGAUGCUGUUGGUGUUUUUUCACCAAUUAAUACACCACAUUUAUUGAAUUUAAAUGAAGAUCCAUUAAUGUCUGAAUGUUUAUUAUAUUAUCUAAAAGAUGGUGAAACACGUGUCGGUCAAGAUGGUGCACGUAUUGCACAAGAUAUUCGUUUAUCAGGUACAAAUAUUCUUCUUGAACAUUGUAUAUUUGAAAAUCGUAAUGGAACAGUAAAAUUAAUACCAUGUUCAUUGGAUGCACUUUGUUUUGUAAAUGGUCGUCGUGUUGAAAAUUGUCAAGAAUUACGUACAGGUGCACGUGUUAUUCUUGGAAAAUAUCAUGUCUUCCGUUUUCAACAUCCAGGACAGGUUCGUGAAUCUAGAUCAAAAGAUCCAAUACAAGAUUCAUUAAUCUCGACAACAACAACAAUAACAUCUAAUCAACAACAACAAGCUGUUGAUUGGACAUUUGCACAAAUGGAAUUAUUAGAAAAACAAGGUAUCGAUUUAAAAUUAGAAAUGGAAAAAAAAUUAUUACAAUUAGAAGAACAAUAUCGUCGUGAAAAAGCUGAAGCUGAUUUAACAUUUGAAGAAGCAAAAAAAAAUUAUGAACAAACAAUCGAACGAUUACAGAAACAAGUAAAUGAACAAUCAAUGACAAUGUCACAAAUGUUUUCAUCAAUGCAUCAUUCAAGAUAUGGUGGUGAUAAUGAUAGCAGUAUUGAUGAUGAUGAUGAUGAUAAUGAUGAUGAUAAUUCUGAAGCUGAACAUCGUCGUCUAUUUCCUGAAUCGGAUUCAAUAUUUUUUCAAAUGCAAUGUGAAUCACCAUUAACAUUUUGGCAAGAAUCAAUUGUACGAAAAGCAUUAUUAAAAUGGCGUUAUCAUCAAUUUACAUCAUUACGUGAUGAUUUAUGGGGUAAUGCAAUAUUUUUAAAAGAAGCUAAUGCAAUGUCAGUUGAAUUGAAAAAACGUGUACAAUUUCAAUUUGUUAUAUUGACCGAUACAAUUUAUUCACCAUUAAUGGCUGAUUUAUUAAUCGAUUAUCGUGAUCAAUUUAAUUCUGAACAAAAUUCUAUAGAUUUACAAUCAGAUUCUGGUAUGGUUAAUACCUGUUGCACAAAUACAACCACCACCACUACCAAUGUUUUCAAUGAAAAUCCAUUUCCACGAACAAUAGUUGCUGUCGAAGUGAAAGAUCAGAAAAAUGGUGCCACACAUUAUUGGUCAUUAAUUAAAUUAAGAAAACGUUUGGAAUUAAUGCGUCAAGUAUAUUCGAAAUAUGCGGAAGAAUAUUCUGCCGCUAUUGCUGCAGCGGCUACUAGUAGUUCUAUAUCAUCAUCCACAUCAUCAAACGUAUCAAAUUCAUUGCAAUCAUCAUUAACAUCAUCCGCAUCAUAUCAUCAAUUGAAUGGAACAAUUCCAAGUGGAAAUAAUGCGGGUGGUACUGGUGUUACAAUUUAUCAUGCAAAUAGUAUUAUUAAUGGAACAGUUGAAACUGAAACAAGUGAUCCAUUUUAUGAUCGUUUUCCUUGGUUUCGUUUUAUUGGUCGUGGUUUAAUGUUUUUACAAAAUUUAUUUGAAAAUUGUUCAAUAACACAAUGUAUAUCGAUUGUAAAUGAAAAAGGUGAUGUUAUGGGUUAUUUAAAAGUAUCUAUACAACCUUUAACAGAAAAAGAUCUAUCCGCAGCGAUUGAUGAUUCGGAUAAACGGCCAAAAAUACAACAACAUGCUAGAAUUGAUUUUGCGGAUGAUGAUCAACAUUUACAGGAAAUAAUUGAACGUACAAGAUUAAAACGAAAAUUAUCAAGAUUAAUACCAAAAAUCAAUGAUCAAAAUGUUAAAUUAUCAUCAUCUGGAGAAGGAGAAAUUGAUGAAAAAGAAGUAGAAUGUGAAGAUGAAGAUGAAGAUGAAGAUGAAGAUGAAACAACGACGACGACGACGACAAUGGAUGAAAAAAAUCAACAACAAAAUGAUUCAAUUCCUGAUCAUUUAAAAUUGAAUGAAGAUUUUAUGUUUCGUGUAUCAAUUAUUCAACUUUAUGGUUUAUCCAAAUCAUAUGCUGAUGUUUUUUGUCAAUUUAAUUUUCGUCAUCGUUCAAAUGAAGCAUUUUCAACCGAAUCGAUAAAAAAUACUUCCAGUGGUAGUAAAAAUGGUGGUCGUUCAGCUAAUUUUUAUUGGUCACAAAAUAUAUCCGUUCGUGUAACACAAGCAUUCAUUGAUUAUUUACAACAAGAACCAUUAAUUUUUGAAUUAUAUGGUCAUUAUCAACAUCAUCCAUUACAUCGUGAAGCUAUAUUCGCGAAUAGUGAUAAUAAUAAUAAUAAUAAAUGGUUAUUUCGAAACAUUGGCCAAUCAACAACAAUGAACAUGGAUCAAAAUCAAAUUGGAUUACCACGGCCACCACCAAAACGAAUGCAACUAACUUCAUAUUUACCAAUAUCGACACCAAUAAGAUCACCAAGAUUUACACCUGGUUUAGUUAAUCAAUGGCAAAUUAUGGCUUCACGUGUUACAUCGGCAUCAACAUCAUUAGUACAUUCGAAAAUUGAUUUAACCGUAUGGAUUGAAGUAUGUGAAUUAACACCUGAUGGACAAUAUUUACCUGUUGUUGUUGAUCAUAAUGAUGAUACACCAUGUCGUGGAACAUUUUUAUUACAUCAAGGAAUUCAACGAAGAAUUCGUGUAACAAUUAUGAAUCAUCCGGAUUUUGAUAUUCAUUUUCGUGAUCUACGUGAAUUAGUUAUUGGUCGUGUUCGUACAUAUCCUGAUUGUUCAGAUUUUGAUGAUGAAAAUGAUCCAUCAGUAUUAUCAUUAUCAUUAUUUUUUUCCGAACAUCUUGAACCAUUAGAUGAUGGUCGUGAACGUUUUCGUUUUGAAGCAGCAUGGGAUAGUUCAUUACAUAAUUCAUUAUUAUUAAAUCGUGUAACGCCUAGUGGUGAACGUGUUUAUCUUACAAUGUCUGCAUAUCUAGAUUUGGAUCGCUGUAGUCAACCAGGAAUUCUUACAAAAGAUUUAUGUAUAAUAAUUUAUGGUCGUGAUUCUCGUACGAUUCCAUCAUUGUUGACAGGUGGUUCACAUGGUUCUGGAUUGUCAACACGUGUAUUGAAAAAUAUCCUAACCGGUUCAUAUAAAAAUGCUGAAUUAAAUCAUAUAAUGGCUAUAUUUGAAUUGGUAUUAAGACGAUCAUUAGAAGCUGGUUCACCAGGUGUACAACGUCGUCAAAGACGUGUAUUAGAUACAUCAACAAUGUAUGUACGUGGACAAGAAAAUCUUGGCAGUUGGCAACCACGUGGUGAUUCAUUAAUAUUUGAUCAUCAAUGGGAAUUAGAAAAAUUAUAUCGAUUAGAAAUGGUUGAACGUUGUCGUCAUCGAUUAUUAAUUCGCACAGCUAAAUCAACAACAACACCAAAAUCAUUUGAUGAAGAUGAAUUGAAUGAUUUACCCGGAAAAGCGAUACGAUCAUCAAUAACAACUGGUAUGAUGCGUAAAAGUACAUCAAGAUUAGGUUUAGCUGCAUUGGCCAAUUCAAAUUUAUCUGCUGUUACAAGUGAUAAUACAACACAUGCAUUAAUAUCACCGGUAGUAACUACUACUGUUGAUAUUGAUGGAGGAUUAUCAUCGAACAAAACAUUAGCUUUAAGCUCUGCAUCAACAAAAUCUACAGCCAUUCCACGAUCAUCAACAUUUUCGGCUGGAAUUGAAACACUUUUGGAAAGAGAAAAAGUUGAAGAAUUUCAUUCCGAACAUGAUCGUAAUUUAGUGACAAAAUGUUUGAAAUUAAUACAAUUUCAUAUACCAUCACAACCGGCACCAAUAUUUCAAACACCACCACCACCACCAGCCGGUUCAUCAUCAAAUCUAUUACGAACACCAACCGAAUGGAAUAUUGGUGGUGGUGGAUCAAAUGGAUCAACACCAGAUGGCUAUGGUACUAGUAUUACACCGGAUAAAAAUUUUAUAAUAUCCGGUUUGACAGUUGAAUCAUGGUUUGAACGUGAAAAAUUAUCAUUCAAUCAAACUAAUCGUCAUCAUUAUCAACAACAACAACAACAAUCCACACAUCAAUCUAUACAUAGCCAUAGUAAUAGUCCAAUGGGAAUGAUAAUUGAUGAUAUAUCACCAACAUCUUUAAGUAAUAAUAAUAAUAAUAAUUUAUUUAUACCAGAAAUUGAAGAAGUUCGUGUAUCAUCAAUUAUAUCAAAAAAAGGUUAUAUUAAUUGUUUGAUGGCAAAUGAAUAUUCAUCAUCAUCAUCAUCAUCAAAUCAAUUAAAUGAUGAUCAACAACAACAACAACCAACACAAUGGCAAAAACAAUGGAUUGUUGUACGACGACCAUAUAUGUUUAUAUAUCGUGAUGAUAAAGAUACUGUUGAACGUUCAAUAAUAAAUUUAACACAAGCACGUGUUGAAUGUUCAGAACAACAACGACAAAUGUUAUGUGUUGAAAAUGCAUUUUCAAUUAUAACUAAACAUGCUGGUUAUUUAUUUCGUACAUCAACAUCAAGAGAAAUGUAUAAUUGGCUUUAUUCAAUUAAUCCAUUAUAUGCUGGACAAUUAAUGUGUGAAUGGGCACGUGCACAUCAUUCAGCAACAACAACAACAACAACAACAUCUAAUUUUGAACUUGGAUAUCCACCAUCAUUAUCUACAAUCAAACAACAACAACAACAACAAAAUAAUUCGGCUACUGGUCAAUCACGAAAUUCAUUAUCAUCAUCAUCAUCAAAAAAUGUUGAUAAUAUUUUCAACGAACAACAACAACAACAACAAUCAACAACUGAAACAACAAAUCAAAAACAUCAUUGUAAUAUUAGUAGCCAAUAAGAUCUGAUAUAUAUUUUUUUUCCCCCGUUUUCAAAGAAAUGAUAUUCAAACUGGGUGAAACAAGAAAAA